UCUACGCCUCGUCCUCUCCUUAGCCCUUCCCUCUCUCUGGAUCCUGCUCACUCACGCGAACUGCCGGCCUCGAGCUCUCCUUCUCUCCUUUCGCGCCUGGCGAUCCCUGCUCUGCCUCCUGUUUGAUUAUAGCCCCAUAUCUCUAUCGACACCCACACACCACCGCCAAUGUCUUCAUCCUCGUCAUCACAGUACACCUCGGAGGGUGCGAACUCGCGCAAGAACGCUGUUGUCAUUAAGGUCGGCAUGAUUGGAGAUGCCCAGAUCGGGAAAACGUCAUUGAUGGUGAAAUAUGUCGAAGGCAGCUUUGACGAAGAUUAUAUACAGACCCUGGGUGUGAACUUCAUGGAAAAAACAAUAUCGAUCCGAGAUACCGACAUUACGUUUUCGAUUUGGGAUCUGGGCGGCCAGCGAGAGUUUGUCAAUAUGCUGCCACUGGUGUCUAAUGACGCUGUCGCGAUUCUGUUUAUGUUUGAUCUGACGCGUAAAUCCACGCUCAAUUCGAUAAAGGAAUGGUACAGACAAGCGCGGGGAUUCAAUAAGACUGCGAUCCCGUUCCUGGUAGGAACAAAAUACGAUACGUUUGCUGUUUUCCCGAGAGAGGAUCAGGAGGAAAUUACAAAACAGGCGCGAAGGUUCGCUAAAGUGAUGAAGGCCAGCUUGAUAUUCUGCUCCGCGAGCCAUUCAAUCAACAUCCAAAAGAUUUUCAAAAUUGUUCUCUCAAAGGCGUUCGAUCUCAAAUGCACGAUUCCCGAGAUUACUGCGGUUGGCGAUCCUCUGCUGAUCUACAAAGAUGUUUAAAGUAUUUCUAUAGUAUAUAAUGUUUGUUUUCAUUUUGCCGCAGACUUGGUUAUAAACUGCUAUCUUUGACUUUGGUUUUAUUCCUGUUCUUUUUGCUUAUCUGGCUUGUCGUCAGCCGUGUAUUUUUUCUUCCCUCUUUAUCUUCCUGUUUUCUUCUUUUGUUUAGUGUGUCGCGACUGCAUCUACUUCAUUGGCGCACGUAUUAUCUGAUACCGAAAGAAUAUGAAUCCAUAUCUCUGAACAAGAUGCCUCAUGAAAGCUAAUCCGAUAGCUGCUAGCUGUCCAGAUUGCGUCAGGGUUUAGACAGCGCGCAUGCUUACCACCUGCUCGUCAGC